CACCUCACCGCACUUCCACGCAACCUCACAACCAUGUCGAAGAACCCACCCCCCAACGAUGAGCAUUGGGAAGAUAUCACCCCUGCCCUGCACGCUGCUACCGAGUCGCUGGCGGAGGGACAGCUGCUCUUUCCGCAUGGUUUCCGGCUGACAGAGGCCAUGAGCUCGAUCGAGCUGAUGGCGCCCAAGAUGGACAUGGGCAUGACAGAGAAGCGGGUUGCGAGUGCCGAGGAGCGAGUGGCGGCUGGCGAGCUUGCGCUGGCGUUUGAUGAGACGACCGAGGCCGGGGCGGUGGCGCUGGUCGAAGCGCUGGAGGCGCUGGUUGUGGCGGAAGCCAUGUUCAUGUCGGGCAUCAACAUGGUGCAGUCGCUGUUUGCGGUGGCGGCUCUCCCGCUGCGCGGCCAGCUUCCGCCGGGAUCGCCGCUGGGCAUUGCGCUCGACGGCUUUGUUGCGUGCUCGACGCUGCUGAUGAACGCGCUGCUCCGGGCGGAUGUGCAUGAGGAAGAGGACUUUGUGCCUGGUGCUGGCGGACUUGUUCUCCCGGCGCUUGCGGCGUCGCCUGCCGAGGUGGCUAUGGCGCUCGAGGCCGAGGCGGCGCGGAUCGGCGGAACGGCCGAGGGCAACCCAGCGCUGGCUCGGGCCUCAGUCCUCCUCCUCUUCUGGGCGACGUUCAUUCAGGUCCAGAUCCGAAUGGAUGGCGCCGAAGUGGCGAGCUCCGGAAAGCACCGAUCGCUCUCGCACGGGCGCAAGAAGCUGACCACGGCAGUAGAGCGGCUCGACCAAGUUCUAGGCAGCCUUGCGGAGAGCCUCUCGCCCGAGGAGGCCGAGGCGCGAAUUGCACCGGCACUGCUGGACGUCAACCUCUCGCUCGACGCCAUGGUGCCGGGCCUCAUCGCGGUGCAGACGACAAUGCCGCGCGGCGAGGCGCUGAGCAAGCUCCGCACGCACGUGCGCGGACUGGCCAGCGCGCUUGAGGUGGCGCAAGUGCCGGACACGCUCGAUGCGACGGUUCGCUUUGUCACCGACUUUUCGCACUUUUCCGAUGAGCACGACUUUGCGUCGCGGGCGCGGCUGAGUCUCCUUGUCCUCGCGCGCAACGAGCUCCAAGGCGGGACCCCGAUUGUGGAUGCUGUCCGGACAAGCCUGGCCUUUGACUACGGGCUUUCGGACGAGAUGAUGGCGGCAUGCGAGGCGAACCAAGUCUUUACGACGGCGACGCUCGCCUUUCGCAUCCUCAUCCAGUCGCUCUCGUUCAAUCGGGCGCGGAUGCGGAGCCAGCUGAUGGCGCGGGCUUUUGACGCGUGGCUGCGGACGCAAAAUGCGGCGUUUCAGGCUGCGCAGCCGGCGAUUGCCGCAGCCGGCGGCAAGUGGACGCCUGAUGUGGAGCAGCUGAUGGAGUUCCCGCGAUACUAUCUGGUCUCAAUCAUGACGCUCUACACGCAGCUCGGCUUUGAGCUGGAGCUGUACUCGACCCGCGAGCUGACGGCGGUCUUCUGGUACCUCGACUACUUUCUGGGACUGCGGUACGAAAUGCUGCGGACGCGGCUGGCGCGGCACGCAGCAGCGCUAGAGCAGCUAGCGGGGCCGGCGGGCCUGAGUGGGAAGCGCGGCAAGAAGAAAGGCAAGGGCAAGAAGAAGGGCGGGAACGGGGCCAAGAAGAAGGCGGCGGCGGCGCGGGCGGCGCGCGAGGCGGCGGUUGCUGCUACCCGCGAGCAGAUCCUAGAGUCGUCUGCGCGCAAGCACGUGCUCUGUGGGCUCUUCCGGCUCUGCGUUGGCCUCACGCUUGACGGGCGGCUGAGUCAGGAGGAGACGCUUUAUGGCUCGCCACGCAAGCGGUUUGAGCAGCGGUUUGGCCUCUUUGCGCGGGUGUACGAUCCCGAGGCGCUCACCUACGACCGGCUCAUCAAGUCGAUCAAUCCUGAAGCUGUUGCCGCCGCCGAAGUCUUUUCGGCAGCGUCUGACUCGUUUGCAGAAGGCCAAGCCCACCUCGUGGAGUUACUGACAGCGGCCAAGGCCGGGACUGUCAGCUCGUGGGGGACCGAGCGGGGGAUGGCGACGCUCAAGGCGUUGACGCGGGUAGUCAUUUCCAACGGCAUCGCGACCCGGCAGCUCGCGGCAUCGUCGCCAGAGUCGCCGGCGUCUGGCGCCGAGAGACUCGCUUGCCCGGUCUACUUUGUGAUGGACGCCGAGUGCGUCAAGGACAUGCCGCGAGUGGUGGUGGCGAGCCCAGAGAAGGACGGCCACGACGACGCGGUCCAGGCGGCGGCCUUCCGGGUCCUCACCCACCGGUGAGGCAAGCGAUGGCUAAGAUUAGGCGCCGCCACUGGUGAGCGCCGCCGCCAGCGCGUCGUACUCGAUGCGGACAAGAUCCAUGGCGAGCGUGUCGGCCCAGAGACGGGCGGCGGCGGCGUAGCCGCGCGACGACAGUAUGCGGCCGCCCCAGGCAAAGUUGGCCUCGAGGUCGUCGCCGGCGCGCGGCGAGCGAAAGUAUUGGAACAGGUCGGGCCCGCGGCGAAAGUGGGCGGCCUCAUCGGGCGACUGCUCGUCAUCAAAGUAGUGUGUGAUGUGGA